AUGGCCACUAAACCCGAGUUUGGUGUUUCCUCCUCGUCGUCCAAAUUCAACAAUAAAAGAGGCAGAGGUGGCGGUGGACAUUCAUUGGGGUCAACAAGAGCAACCACCUCAUUCAAACAAUUUGGCUUACCCAAAGCUGGAGGAUCGAACGAGCAGUCGAAUGUCGAUCAACGCUUUGAGGAUGUUGCUGUAUUAGACGCUCUGGAGACCAGAUUUGGAUUUGAACGCUACCAAGAGGGCCCUCAAAGAUUAGGCUGGUUAUUAAACAUGCAUGAGACACUGAUCAAAGACGAGGAUUGGCCCACUGGUAGAUCAGGCGUAGACUAUUACUUUAUUAACGACAGUGGAGAGACAUUCAAAACCACAUUACUGUUCAGUCCCUAUUUCUUUAUCGGUUGCAAGCCAGGAACAGAGGGAGAAGUAGAGGACUAUCUGCAUAGACGAUUUGAGGACCUGAUUGAAAAGAUGAAGCGAGUCAAGAAAGAAGAUUUGAAACAACCCAACCAUUUGAUUGGUAAUACCCGCACAUACAUUCAACUGAGCUUCAGAAAUCAAUCCGACAUGUAUUCUGUCAGAAAAAUCUUGCUGCCCAUUGCCAAAAAGAACCAAGAGAAAAUCAACACAUUAGACACAUAUGCAGAGGUCAUCAAUGCUGCCAACAAUAUUGCAUACGAGAAUCAGCCUCAUUCUGCAGCCAUGUCAACACGCAAAGCAGCAGACGAAUCACUAGAAAGUGUCAUGGAUAUUAGAGAAUACGAUGUACCUUAUUAUGUGCGAGUAGCUAUGGAUUUGGAUAUCCGAGUUGGACUCUGGUACACAGCAAAGGCAUUGAUGGAUGGUACAGUAGAACUGAAUAGGGUAUCUGAACUUGUGCAUCGUCCAGAACCCGUCAUCCUUGCAUUCGAUAUCGAAACAACAAAGCUUCCAUUGAAGUUCCCAGAUGUCGCCAUUGAUAGUAUCAUGAUGAUUUCUUAUAUGAUUGAUGGCAGAGGCUAUUUGAUUACAAAUCGAGAGAUUGUCAGCCAGGAUAUUGAAGAUUUCGAUUACACACCAAAACCCGAAUUUGAAGGACCAUUCACCAUUUUCAAUGAAGAAGACGAGGAGGCGCUAUUGAGGCGAUUCUUUGAACACAUCCAAGACGCAAAACCCACCAUCUUUGUAACGUAUAACGGUGACUUUUUCGAUUGGCCGUUUGUGGAAGGCAGAGCGAGAGCCAAUGGUAUUGACAUGUAUCAAGAGAUUGGUGUGUACAAGGACGAUGAAGAUGAAUACAAGUGUAAACACGCUACACAUAUGGAUGCUUUUCGUUGGGUCAAGCGUGAUUCCUACUUACCACAAGGCAGUCAAGGUCUCAAGGCUGUAACAACCGCUAAAUUAGGCUACAAUCCUAUGGAACUGGAUCCUGAAGACAUGACUCGAUUCGCAGCUGAACAGCCCCAAGUGCUGGCUCAGUAUUCCGUGUCAGAUGCUGUGGCCACAUAUUACCUUUACAUGAAAUACGUGCAUCCUUUCAUCUUUUCGUUGUGUAAUAUUAUCCCCCUGGUGCCUGACGAGGUGCUGAGAAAGGGUACUGGUACGCUAUGUGAACUGCUGCUCAUGGUGGAAGCCUAUCGAGUCAAUGUCAUUAUGCCAAACAAGCAUGUGGACGAAGCAACCCAGUUUUAUGAGGGACAUUUACUAGAGAGUGAGACGUAUGUUGGUGGCCAUGUAGAAGCACUAGAGGCAGGUGUCUUUCGAAGCGAUAUCAACAGCGAUUUCAAGAUUGAUCCGACGGCAGCACAGGAGUUGAUUGACCAAUUAGACGACGCUCUCAAGUUUACUAUUCAAGUGGAAGAAAAGAAAAAUCUAGAAGACGUGGUCAACUACGAUCAAGUGAAAGCCGAGAUCCAGCAGCAACUAGAGGAACUACGCGACAGACCCAUACGACAAGAGCCACCCCUCAUUUACCAUUUGGAUGUAGCUGCCAUGUACCCCAAUAUUAUUCUCACUAACCGUCUGCAACCAGAUGCCAUGGUCGACGAAUCCCAGUGCGCCACUUGCGAGUUCAACGUCAGUAACAAAUCCUGUGAUCGUCGCAUGAAGUGGAUGUGGCGUGGAGAGUACUUUCCAGCCAAGCGAAACGAAUACAGAAUGAUUGAAAACCAACUGAUGAUCGAAACAUUUCCACCGCGAUAUCCCAACGGUCCUACUCGCAACUGGAACGCCUUAACAGAAGCUGAAAGAUCCACCCUAAUGCGCUCUCGCUUAACUGAUUACUGUAGAAGGGUCUACAAAAAGGUCAAGGAAACCAAGGAAGUGGAAAGAGAGUCCAUCAUCUGUCAGCGAGAGAAUCCUUUUUAUAUCGAAACUGUGCGUGCUUUCCGUGAUCGUCGUUACGAGUACAAGGGGCUGCACAAGACGUGGAAGGGAAAACUAGACAACGCCGUCAAAGAUGGCUCUGCUACUAAGAUCGCUGAAGCCAAGAACAUGAUUGUGCUGUAUGAUUCGCUCCAGCUGGCUCACAAGGUCAUUCUCAACUCCUUUUACGGUUAUGUCAUGCGAAAAGGUGCUCGUUGGCAUUCAUUGGAAAUGGCUGGUAUUGUGUGUCUCACCGGUUCCAAGAUUAUUCAAAUGGCUCGUCAGCUGGUAGAGCGCAUUGGCCGUCCUCUUGAGCUGGAUACAGAUGGUAUCUGGUGUAUUCUGCCAAAGAGCUUCCCAGAGACAUUUACCUUUUCACUGGCUAACGGUAAAAAGUUUCGCAUCGAUUAUCCCUGUACCAUGUUGAAUCAUUUGGUGCAUGAUCGAUUCACCAACGAUCAAUACCAAAGGCUCAGCAAUCCAGAGACAUUUGAAUACACUGUCAGCAAGGAGAACAGUAUCUUUUUUGAGAUUGAUGGUCCCUACCGUGCCAUGAUCUUGCCAUCUUCUACUGCCGAAGACAAACUGCUCAAGAAGCGAUAUGCCGUCUACAACAAGGACGGUAGUCUUGCUGAACUGAAGGGUUUCGAGGUCAAGCGUCGUGGUGAACUCAAGCUGAUCAAAAUUUUCCAGUCUGAAAUUUUUGAGGUGUUCUUGAAGGGUGAGACGCUGGAGGAAUGUUACUCUGCAGUGGCUCAGGUCGCUGACCGCUGGCUGGAUGUUCUCUUCAGUAAAGCCAUCAACUUGUCAGACGAUGAACUGUUCGAGCUGAUUUCAGAGAAUCGCAGCAUGUCUCGUACUUUGGAAGAAUACGGUGCACAGAAGUCAACAGCCAUCACCACUGCAAAGCGUCUCUCCGAGUUCCUAGGUGCUCAAAUGAUCAAAGACAAGGGCCUAGCUUGUAAAUUCAUCAUCUCUGCGCGUCCUUACGAUAUUCCUGUUUCUGAACGUGCUGUUCCUGUUGCCAUCUUCCAGGCCGAGCACAGUGUCAAGAAGCAUUUCCUGAGAAAGUGGUUGCGUGAUAACUCGCUCGAGACGUUUGAUAUUCGCGACAUCUUGGACUGGGAUUACUAUGUAGAACGUUUUGGCUCUGUCAUUCAAAAGAUCAUCACCAUUCCUGCUGCCAUGCAAAAGGUGCGCAACCCUGUGCCUCGUGUCAGACAUCCAGACUGGCUGUUUAAGCGUGUGGCUGCCAAGGAUGACAAGUUCAAGCAGCAUCGUAUCACAGACAUGUUUAUCAAAUCUGACAAGCCCUUGAUGGAGGAUAUGAUGGACAUUGACGACAUUGAGGAGUUGAAUGUGGCGGGUACUGCAACCAAUGGUUUGCCCAAGAUUGCCAAGGUCGUCAAGCGUAAACAUGGAGCAUCUGUUGCUUUGUUUGAUCCUAAUGCGCCUCUGGCUGAACAAGACCUCACUGAAAACAUGCCUGAUUGGAAUGUGGAUUACCCAGCGUGGCUCGAAUUCCAGAAGCGUAAAUGGAAGCGACAAAGACUCAUUCGAGAGCACAAUCGAAAGCUGGGUCACGAUUCACAGUUCCUCAAUAGUAACACACAAGCAUCGUCUGGAGCAGCCAGUUUCUUUAGACGACAAACUGGAUCGCUGGUCACCAGUGUGUGGGAAGUACUUCAAAUCGUGGAAACUGAUAUUCCUGGUGAAUACCGUAUGUGGGUCAUUGUGCAGGACCAAAUGUUCAAUAUUCGAUUGACAGUGCCUCGUACAUUCUAUAUCAACAGCAAGGAGUCCAAUCCUCUGGCCGUUCAACUCGAGAACCCUAGCUGUCAUAUGGCCAGAUGCACUAGAACACUGCCUCGCUCUCACCAAGUCUACAAUCUCUACCAAAUGUUCAUGCCUGAAACAACCUAUCAAAACGAGAUUAAAAAGUUCACCAACAUCUUUAACCAUCCCACCACAGAAGGUGUCUAUGAAACACAGGUGCCGCUCUUGGCGCGUGCCAUCUUGCAACUAGGCGCUACGUGUCAAUACAGCAAGCCAAAGGGAGGCCCCACUAGAAAGAUCGAUGAUCAAUUUAUACUGCAAGACUUGGUACAGCGUUCCGAAAUGACCAACCACUACAUUAGUGACCCCAAGCAAUUCAACUACAUCUUCUUAUUCCAUGCUCACUCUGAUAGUCGCCAUUUCUUCACUUUGGUUGGUGCCACAAUUCCUGUAGCUCAAGUGUUCAUCGUGGGCCUGUCCAAAAAGAACCAGCAAGUGCCCAACAUCAGCAAACUCUACAGAGAUCAGUAUCAGUCCAUCUUUGGUCAGGGUAGAGCCACCAGCGAUACUGUGGAGAUUCUGGAAUCUGCAGAGUUUGAAACCAACUACUAUUCCAAUGAACGCGAUGCUCUCAGAGCCAUUAACAAGUCCCUGAGCAAGUAUCUCGACAACAAGCGUGGCAAGAGCAUCCUGGCCAUCAACUCACCGCGUUCUUCCACCUACUUGACCUCCAAUGCUCGCAUGCUCCAUUCGAUUCCCUUUGUGCGCAUUCCCUCUUUGCAGCAAGACAACCGCUUUGAUGCUCUCAACUGGGUCACACCUAUUGUCAACCGCAUGAUCAGACAUUACAUGGAACUGAGCUCCUGGAUCGAUCAAAAGGUCUCUCAAGCACGCUACGCCAACAUUCCCUUUUGUAAUAUCCCUGACGAUCCUUACCUGUUUAUAUCAGACGUCUUGUUUGCUAGAAAAUUGAUUCAAAAUGACAUGGUUAUCUGGUGGUCUGCAAGCCCUAUGCCAGACCUCGGUGGACGUGAAGAGGAUGAGAGUUUGGCCAUGACGAGUGAGAUUGUCAACACAGAGUUGAGUUUUCCUGGUGCUUACGAAUCUGUAUGCGUGGAGAUUGAUGUAGUGCGAUUGUGUCUCAAUACCAUCAUUGAAGCCAAUGUGAUCAAUGACUUGGAGGGCGCUACUGGUGGUUUGGGUGGAUUCGACACGUCCAACUACACGCUGGAUGACUUCGCCCAUGGUAAUGUCAACAACUCGGCAGCCUUCGGUGAAAAUAUGAUUUCUGGCAAGACAUUUGGUAUGCUGCGCUCCGUGGUCCAGUUGUGGUUCCAUCAAGCCAUCACAGACAAGACAAGUCGCUUUGGCGAGCACAUGAUUGACACACUGCAUCGCUGGCUUCUCAGCACCAAUUCCUUCAUGUAUGAUCCGUCAUUGUAUGGCUUGAUUCACAGCAUGAUGAAGAAGGUGUUUAUGCAGCUAGUGGCUGAAUUCAAGCGACUAGGCGCUACCAUCGUGUUUGCUAAUUUUCACAAAAUUGUGCUUACGACCAGCAAGGAGACUAUGGAGAGCGCUUUACCUUAUUUCCAGUAUCUGUACAGAUCUAUUCAGCGCAAACAAGUAUUUGAGCUUUUGGAGCUGAAUCCUAGCAACUACUGGGAUGUCCUGAUGUGGAUGGACGAAAAGAAUUAUGCUGGUGUCAUGACUAAAGCAGAGAAUCAACUAGCACAGGGACAGCCUACUAUUACUAAAAAGUGGAAUAUCGAGGAAUACCUGCCUGAAGUGGCCCGUGCCUUAUUCAGUCGACAAACCUCCUCCUACGUGUUCAAGAUGUACACCUUCAAGCGUCAGUUUCCUCGUGAUAUCGGUAGUCAAAUCAGAGAGAAAGAUGAUUCUACACCUGAUCCUCGCGUGCAAAAUUUGCAGCUGUUUAUCAAGCAAGACGCUGCCCGUAAGCUACUGCGCAAGGUGCCUCUUUUACUACGUCGUCAAGAAGAACAGCUUGCUAAUCCUGACCCAGACAUGGUGUUCCCUCAACUGGCUGGCUCUCAUCUGGUCAUGGACAACCCAGCAUUAGAGUAUGUCAAGUCUGUGUGUGCGGUUCUCAAUCUGGACAAGCGUAUUGAAGAUCAAGUUCGUGUCCUCAAGCGAAGUGCACUUGAACUGGUGGGUGGUAUCAGUGAUUUCAGUGAUAUGGCGCAAUUCCGUAAUCCUUGUGAAUACUUUAAGCUGACAGAAAUCAUCUGUUCUUACUGCAACUACACUACUGAUUUGGAUUUCUGUCGUGAUAAGGAGUUGAUGCCAAAACAGGGCCAUAUUCAAGCAUGGCAUUGCAAGGGAUGUAACUGUGAAUACGACAAGCGAUUGAUUGAAGACCGCAUGAUCACUCAAAUUCAAACGUGGUUUACAGCAAGCGAUAUCCAGGAUCUACGAUGCAGCAGAUGUCAUACUAUCAAGACGGAGAACCUGAUGCGACAGUGCGACAAGUGUGGUAGUGAAUAUAUCAAGACGCUCAGCAAGCCAGAGCUGGAACGCAAGCUCAAAGUGUUUAGAAAUGUAGCAAAAGAGCAGCAAUUGGCCCGCUUGUCUGAAUCCAUUGAUGUUUAUAUGAACCAUCUGUAA